GGCAUUUGAAGCCAAAAGAAGUUUGAAGCCGGACUCAAGUCCAACCAAAACAAAACAAGCCAGAGACAAAAAACUGGUAGCGGGACUUUGCAUGUAGGAAGACAGCCCCUUAGAUUUAUUGAUGACAAGAUAAUUUUCAAUUGCCAUAAUUAUCAUGGACUUUGAGGUGAAUCGACAGUUCAACAAAAUAUUCCAAUUGCGAUAUGACGCUGACAACUUCACCCCACCAAAAGAACUUGUUUUUGAAGAUACUGAUGAUUGCCUGGAUGGCUGCGAUCAUUUACGGUCUGCUCGAAUUCAACUGGAGACCACAAAGUCCAGGUUGAACUUUUUAAAUCUUAAUAAGUGGCAUGAACACACAAAGUUCAUCAAUCCUGCUGGCAAGGUAAAAUGGUUUGUGCAGAAAACAUGCGACCCAGAACUGCUGACCCAAGCUUGGCUCAAAUUUUACCAAAUCUUGGACACUUUUGAUCUCUUCAGCCAAUGUAUUGAAAGAAGCGACGAUAAAGAGCAUUCGGCAAUAUUGAGUCAAGAAGAUGAAAUAUUCAGAACGCUGCAUUUGUGUGAAGCUCCUGGUGCGUUUGUCACUGCCCUCAACCAUUACAUUAGAACGAAUAAUGAUAAUCUUAAGUGGCAUUGGAAGGCGUCUUCUUUGAAUCCUCAUUACGAAGGCAACGAUGGCACUACUAUGGUUUCGGAUGAUAGAUUCAUUGUUCGAACCAUUGACAAAUGGGACUUUGGUCCAGACAAAACUGGAAAUAUUAAAGACGAGGACACCAGAAUAGCUCUUGGGCACAGGGAGCGGUAUCAUCUUGUGACGGCAGACGGAAGUGUCGAUUGUCAGGAACUGCCUCAACUCCAAGAAGAGACUGUGGCCCAACUGUUGUGGUGCGAAACUGCUGUUGCUCUGCAAAGUCUGUGGAAAGGAGGAUCUUUUGUGAUAAAAACUUUCACUUGGUUCAGUCCCACCACUUGCAGCCUGCUUUACACGUUAUGCGCACAUUUCAAGAGAGUGACGGCAAUCAAGCCUGUCUGCAGCAAGGAGGGAAACUCAGAGGUUUACGUCGUCUGCCAGGACUUUCAGGGCCUGCCCCUGCGCAACUCAAUCAAAAGGAUUUGGGAAGCUUGCAAAAAGGAAUCUCCAGUUCUGGCAUCAAUGCCUAAUGAAUUUUUGCAACGAGUUGCAUCGGGAGCCCAAUUCUUCUGUGAUUUGCAGGUGGAAGCAAUUGAAAAGAAUAUCAGGCUUUACAAAGAAAUGCCCAAAAGUGUUGAGCAGAAGAUACGAAGCCUGCAGACCAAGAUUGCUGAGGAGUUUGUCGAGAGAUUUGGCCCGAUGAACCGCAUUGAUGCCACAGUAGCUCCGAGGGACAAUUACCGUCAUUUGAGUCCACCCAGCUGUCCCUGGUCAAACCACAAAAUAAAAAUGAUGCGAAAAUCCCUUACGGAAAAGGACUCGUCAAAUGCACAGGAAAUUCUUAAAAUGAUCAUCCCUACCAUCAGUAAAAUCAAUCUGAAGACUCCUGCCGUCGUCCCUGUGAUCAACGUUGGUACUCGUAUCAAAUACGGCAAAGUUUUUGAAAUUGUGAUCAACUCCAAGUUCCUUCCUCCUUGGCUGCUCAAACUUUACCACUUCUGCCGUUUCCUGAAUGUGCCAAUUGAAAAGCCCGAAGGUGCCUAUUUUACUGCCAAGGGAAACUACAGGCCUCGUCUUAAGACAGCCUUGGACGCCCUGGAGAGAGGAAAGGAUUUCUGCAUCAGCGGCUUUACCCUGCUGACCUAUGUAGACGUCGGGAUUCUUGUUUUGUUGACUCAACAAUUCGACAAGUGUGUCUUAACUGAAGUUACGCCUCUGGGAUGCACAUUCGAGUUCCACGGCUACAAGGGCUUCAGCGACCAGCUGGCCUGCGCUUUGUCUGUGCCCAACACAAGAGAAAUGCCUUAUGUGUGCCCAUACACUGGAAAGCAGGAUGAGGUUAAGAUGGAAGUUGUGCAGCUUCUGGAAGUGGUGCCCAUCACAUCAAUUUUAUACGGUGACCUGCACCCCCUGGUCGAGCAGGCGAACGAGCAGACGGUGCUGCGUUUGGCGCAGGCGACGCUGGCCCUUUUACCUGAAAAUCGAGGUCCUGGUGGGGGUCAGCUGACCGUGUUACUCUAGGCGGCUCAUUCAACAGCCGGCCAUGGACAAGGACUCUGCUGCCUCCGCUUCCUCCUCGUCCAAGCAGGCGGCCACCGGCGGCGGCAGCGGCCAACAACCGAG